AAUGACUACGGAGGAAUUACCAGCGAAUCUUGACAAGUUGAAAAUAACACCAACACACCCUCUUUGCAAAUCAGUAAAAAGGAAUCCAUUCUAUAAUCCAGACAAUGAUUUUAAACUUUCAAAUGCUAAUGAUAACUUUGAACAAAUACUUAGCGCCAAACACAAAAUGAUACAUCGCUGGAAGUGCAGACCAAGGCGUCGAUCCGAGAGCUGCCUUGAGAGUUGCACGCAAGACAAGUCUUUUCUUCAAACGGAAUCUGUUGAAAUUACAAGUCCCCCAAGUUACUCGCAUGGUGUUAAAAAGCUUGCACAGAAAAAACAUGUUGCCCCUACAAAGAAAUAUCUUUUUCGGCAACCCAUGUUGAAGACAUUAUUUGGUUGUGAACACGGAAGGAGUCUUGUUCGAAGUCGUAAAAUGUUUCACUUAAACGCAGAAAAGGAAAAAACUAGCCAAAUUCAGACUAAAAACUCGACCUUUAAUAUAGGCGACACAUGCAGUUUCCGCGAUCUUAUCAGUGAAUGCGAUAUAUUGCUGGACCAAACAAAGGAAACAAAUUUGGAUAAUGUUCGUCGUGUACCAAAAAUCUGCAGUAAAUAUAAAACAACAAUUUCCAGCAAAAAAGAAAUCAAUUGUAGACUGCUGUCAAAUAAGGAACGCAACGCCUUUACAAUAUCAGCAUCUAAGAGAUCACUAUCAGUUUCACGUAUGGGCACGACGUGCUCUCAGCAAGCUUGUUAUAAUGCAACAACACCAAGCAACUGCGACGAUGUAACGAUAUCAGAACUGGCUAGCUAUUUUGAUACUAUGGUGCAUAUUCCAAAAAAAAUGUCUUCAAUGGCUGAGAUGAUGUACAUUUAAUUUUGAACCAACCAUUAAGAUGUAUAUGCCUGUAGAUAUACUAUUAAGCAUACAUACGUAUGUACAUAUGUAUAAAUUAUUUGUAUACUAAUAAAAUGCAUUAUUUCUCGGCUGUUUAUAGCUUCAGUUGAAAA